GCUCGUCACACCGCAGGAAGCGUGUCGGCCUGCAGCGGAUCCGUUCACACGGCAGCUGACGGCACAUUUUGACGAGCUCAUGUCCGCACAGAGCCGCUGCCUGGCGGGGCUGGCCCUCCGACACCACGCAGAGCCGCACAGCCGCACACCAGACUCCGUUCAGAAACAUGUACACACACCUCAGACAUGGCUCUCACACAAGUGUCUUCCAACAAGUGUGCCGGAGGCUUCCAGAAGGUCUUUGAGCACGACAGCACUGAGCUGAAGUGUAAGAUGAAGUUUGCCGUUUAUCUGCCUCCGAAGGCCGAGAGCGACAAGUGUCCCGUCAUGUACUGGCUGUCAGGCCUGACGUGCACGGAGCAGAACUUCAUCACCAAAGCAGGAAGUCAGCAGGCGGCUGCAGAGCACGGCAUCAUCAUCGUCGCUCCAGACACCAGCCCCCGCGGCUGCAGCAUCGAGGGAGAGGACGACAGCUGGGACUUUGGGACGGGAGCCGGUUUCUACGUCGACGCCACGCAGGAGCCGUGGAAGACCAACUACCGCAUGUACUCGUACGUGACCGAGGAGCUCCCAAAGCUGAUCAACUCCAACUUCCCCACUGAUCCUGACAGGAUGUCCGUGUGCGGUCACUCUAUGGGCGGACACGGCGCGCUCAUCUGUGCCCUGAAGAAUCCUGGGAAAUACAAGGCUGUCUCGGCCUUCUCUCCCAUCUGUAACCCCAUGCAGUGCCCCUGGGGUCAGAAGGCUUUCUCAGGCUACCUCGGCUCUGACAAAUCCACCUGGGAGGCGUACGAUGCCACGGUGCUGGCGGCGUCGUACUCGGGGCCUCAGCUGGACGUCCUGAUCGAUCAGGGCCGAGACGACCAGUUCCUGUCAGCCAGUCAGCUGCUGCCCGACAACCUGAUCGCCGCCUGCUCCGAGAAGAAGAUCCCCGUGGUGUUCAGACUGCAGCCCGGCUACGACCACAGCUACUUCUUCAUCUACUCGUUCAUGAACGACCACAUCAAGCACCACGCCAAGUACCUGAGCGCCUGAGCGCCGCGGCCCAGCCCGUUCACCGCCUCGGCGUCGCCAUGACAACACACACCACCUGACACAUCAGCUCUGAAACAACACAACUUUGAUCCGUUGUUUUUUUUUUUGUUUGUUUGUUUGUUUGUUUUUUUUGUCACUUCUCCUGUUGUCUGUUCAGCAGCAGGUUCUGUUUCCAGCUGUCGGCCUUAAAUAAUCAAAUAUCUGUGCAUCUGCCUGGAGCCUGAAGGCCACACGCAGCCGCUCCUCUGCCCGCGUUCAACGAUGCGCCGCCAUGUUUGAGCCUGUGACUGCAGGUUUGCUCGGCGACAGGCGGUGAAGUGGAGCGGCUGCGUCUCGUUUCUGUGAGAGAGCGGCUCGGUCAGCGGCAGUCGAGCGUUUUUUUUUUUUGUUGUUGUUGUUGUUGAAAAGUUGAAGUGAGGCUGUGAACGGCUCCGAUGGUCAUGAGGCUGGCAGCUCCGCCUGGCUCCUCCACAAUAAAACCCCUGGAUAUUAA